CAGACACAUCAGAGCUUCAUAAGCCAAUGGGGUGUGCCGAAUGGCUUCUUCCCCUUUUCCCCAUUCUUCCAACUGAGCCUAAGAGGAUACUACCUCCGUCCCACUCUUUUUAUCCAGUUUUGAUUUUUGGAACUGUUCAUCUAAGCACUUUGACUCAUCAAAUUCUCUCAAUGUGUAAGUCUAAAAAUAGUCAUGUGUGAUCUUGUUUGAUUUGUCUUAACAUAUAGAUUAUUAAUAUAUAAUUUUUAUAAUUUUUUAAUAUAUAAAUUACAAGAUAAAAUGGAUUAAAGAAGUGCAUUGGAUGGUGUGCAAAAAUGAAAGUGGACAAAAAGAGUGGGACGGAGGGAGUAUUAAUUUAAUAUUUCCAAAGCUCGAUCGGUGUUCAUAUACAUACAAUGGAUGGGCAGCGGAAUCGCCACGCCGGCAACGACCGUCGUCCAUCUGAAGUCAUUUGGGAGGCCAUCACGAGGUGGUUCGACGUCGGACGGGAGAGGUGGGUCGAGCGUGCCUGGCACCUCUUCUGGUGGCUCGUCAUCCAGGCCGUCGUGUUGCUAGUGGGCUUCGUCAUCGUCUGGGCCGUUCUCCAGCCGCACAAGCCCAGCUUCAUUGUCCGGAGCGCCACCGUGCGGGGUCUCAACCUCUCCAUCCCGCACAUCUUCUCCCCGGAUCUGGAGGUGAGGCUGGCCUAUCACAACCGGAACCGGCGGAUUGGGAUAUACUACGGGGAGGCGACGGUGUACGCGACCUACCGGGACCGGCGGAUCACGUACAACACCCAUCUCCCCCCGGUAUACCAGGGGCUCCGGGCCAAGGACGUCUGGUCGUUUCCCCUUUACGGGAACAGCGAGCCCCUGGACACGCGCGCUCCUCCUUCCCGACCAAGACAAUGGCGAGGCCAAGAUCGUCGUCAAGAUCUUCGGGAGCGUCAACUGGCGGGUCGGGUGGCCUUUGGAAUCAUUGGCAUCAACGAGGAAACGGAGGUAGAGAUUCUCAAUAUGAUCCCGAACAACAAUCCGGUCCAACCUCACAUGGAACUGCUCGUGCACUGCAAAUCCAAAGACAACGAUUUGGGUCCGUGGAAGUUGUCGUGGUUUGAGUCUCGUACGAUCCAAUUCCGCGUCAACCUAUGGUUUUCGACUCUCUUCUGGUGCCGUUUUGACUGGGGCUCCAAGUUUGCAAACGUCGUCGUUUUUGAUACCAGGAACCCCGAUUUCGGAGGCGAGAAGUACCUCAAUUGGCAGGUCAAGACCGACGGGUUCUACUUUGCGAGUGGGGAUGACCCUGUUGGCUCCGAUUAUAAGCGCCUUGCCUCUUGGACGGAUGCACCUUUACCUUCAAAAGAGAACUAGAUAUAGCUAGCUAGCUAGAAUAUUUCACUUGUGUGAUGUAGUAGAAUAAAAUAAUAAGAUACGGAGUAGAUCAUAGAUGGAAGGAAUAAUUUAAAUAAAUUGCUAUAUGUCUUAAAAUAAUUAGAUAGAUGGAAGGAAUAAUUUAUUUUGCUACUCCCUCCGUCCGUAAAUAGAUUACAAUUUUUUUCCUCUCUCGUCUCGAUAACGUUUGUUUGUUUACGCGAUUUCCUUAAGUAUUUGAUAAAAUAAAUAUUCUUGUCACCU